AUGGACCAGUCUCCAGAACCAUCCUCCGUCUACCGCGUCUUCGGUCCUACAAACACUGCAACCGGCAUAGCCGCUGCUGCAGAUGCCAAUGUGCGCUCGGAGAAAAAAACACCCUUAGCACAAGCUUAUCUGCCUGUCCAACAAUCACACGUUGGCCGGUUUGGCAAAGGUAUCGACUCCGAGAGGUCCAAGACGACCUAA